UCGUCUUGUCGCUUCAAUGCCGUUGAGUUUUUCCAACUUUUAUUGCGUUGUUUAUUUGGUAGCUCUGUUCUUCCGCUUCUUUGAUAUCCAGUGCAAAUAAUUUUACAGCGGGAUAAGCUAUAAAAGGGGCUGCUUGCAACAGCAUCUUGGCAUCUAGUUGCGCACAUUUUGACUGGCAAACUACGGAGUGCUGCGGGCCUGCAUUCACGUUCUGUCACGCAUAGCAGUCGCCUAUUCUUUGUUCCCUGUGAAGAUUCCCCGUCCAAUUUCCAUCAUGGCGACGAACGAGAAGGACCGCGAGAAGUCCCGCUACCAGACGCCGUUGACGCAGCGCUACGCCAGCGAGGAGAUGUGCUACAACUUCAGCGAGCGCAAACGCAUCAUCACCUGGAGGAAACUCUGGGUCUGGCUGGCCAAAUCGCAACAGAAACUGGGUUUGAAUAUUCAAGAAGACCAGAUUGCGGAAAUGGAGGCGAAUGUGGAGCGUAUUGACUGGGAUUUCGCGUUGGCGGAGGAGAAGCGGGUGCGGCACGAUGUGAUGGCGCAUGUGCGGACGUUCGGGAAAGAGUGCAAGAAGGCCGAGGGCAUCAUCCAUCUGGGCGCCACUUCCUGCUACGUGACGGACAAUACCGAUCUUAUUUGUAUACGCGAUGGACUGCAAAUACUCUUGCCGAAGCUGGCACGGUGCAUUGAUCGUCUGAGCAAAUUUGCGGAUGAUUACAAGGCGUUGCCGACGCUGGGAUAUACACAUCUGCAACCAGCGCAGUUGACAACGGUCGGAAAGCGGGCGGCGCUGUGGACGGGGGAUCUGGUGAUGGAUCUGCACAAUUUCGAGCGCAUCAAGACCGAUCUGCGCUUCCGCGGCGUCAAGGGCACCACCGGGACGCAGGCCAGCUUCGUGCAGUUGUUCGGCAACGCCGACAAGGCCCACAUGCUGGAUGUCCUCGUCUGCGAUUAUGCCGGCUUCAAGAAGUGCUUCAUCAUUUGCGGCCAGACAUACACGCGUAAACAGGAUUUGGAGGUUUUAUCGGUGUUGGCUGGACUCGGAGCGUCCGUUCAUAAGAUCUGCACGGACAUCCGGCUGCUGGCCAGUUUCAAGGAGGUGGAGGAGCCCUUCGAGGCGGAGCAGAUCGGGUCGAGCGCGAUGCCCUACAAGCGCAAUCCGAUGCGCAGCGAGCGCUGCUGCAGUCUGGCGCGCCAUCUCAUGACGCUGGUUAAUGAUGCGCUGCAGACGCACUCCGUGCAGUGGAUGGAGCGGACGCUGGACGACAGUGCUAACCGGCGUAUCUGUAUUCCGGAGGCGUUCCUGAUCGCGGACGCUCUGUUGAUCACGCUGCAGAACAUCUGCGAAGGCUUGGUGGUCUAUCCGAACGUGAUCAGUCGGCGUAUCGGCGCGGAACUGCCCUUCAUGGCCACGGAGAACAUCAUCAUGGCCGUCGUGAAGGCCGGCGGGAAUCGACAGGAGUGCCAUGAAAAACUGCGCGAGCUGUCGCAACUAGCCGGGAAUGUUGUCAAGCAGGAGGGAAAGGACAAUGAUUUGCUGCAGCGCAUCCGCAGCGAUGCUUAUUUCGCCAAGAUCCACAACGAGCUCGACGAACUGAUGAAUCCCACGCUCUUCACCGGACGCGCUGAUAAACAGGUGACCGAGUUUUUGAAUAUGGAAGUGCGUCCGGCUCUGAGUGGCUACGCGCGGGAGCUGGCCGGCAUCGCGACGGUGGAAUUGUAAUGCGCUGAAUCAGCCACUUCAUCCCGACGCUUGGCAUCAGUAUUUUUAAAUCGCCAUAUUUAUUAGCAAUAAAUUAAAAUAAUAAUCCUUACUUGGCAUUGUGAUGCUUCGGUUUGUCUUCUGCCUGUCUUAAUGUGAUCGCUGCUUUGGCUGGUUAUAAUUCAGCGUUUAUUUUACUGUUUUACCUACCUACUUUCAAUUAAAUAAAAAUUAUUUGCUUAAUUUUAGAUAUUUUUUCCGAGUUUUACUGUAUUUAUUUAAUUCACAAAUAUGUUUCCAAAUAUUUUCGUCUGAGUGUUUGCUUAGUAACGUGGUCGGGACAGCAUGAAAACUGUACUAAUUUACCAGCGCAGUGAUUUGUAUUACUUUCUUCCUGAAUCUUAAUAAAUCCUGGUAUGUGUAUUUGUUUUAUUAAAUAUCGUAAUUUUCCCAGUAAAAUAUAUUCUUCGCUUUGUGGUACUCAGUGAGAAGGAUUUUGCUGUUGUAAAAAAUUAUUUACCGUGACAAUUAUUGAAAAAAUUCCGGGGAAUCAUAUAAUGAAGCUGUACAUGUACGAAGUGACGGUGUCGCCGCGGGCGCGCCGUCUGUACCGCAGCCUGGUGUACUCGCUGACAUCCUGCAGUAUCCCGCGUUCCUGUGCUACUCUCUUCAAGCUGGACCGCCAGAUCACCGCGCUCGUCUUCUUCCUCCUCAUCAGCAUCACGCAGUUGGUGAUCAACCCGCCGUACCACCUCCACCCGCUGAAACUGUCCGCCGAGGGCGGGCGACCGGCGCCGCCGCUCCCGCGGACCCCGCCGACCUUCCCGGUGGUCAGUGCGGCGCGGAGUGUCGUGGAUUCGGUGGCGUGGGACUGCCGGUGCUCGCAGCUGGCCUACUGGUGCUGUAAUGCGUCGCGCGCCGAGGAGACGGCGGUCAGGGAGAAAUUGAAGUUUUUAUGAGAUGAUUCGACGUAUGAAACUGUUGUUUUACCGGUAGGAUGUGGUCAGAGGUGUGGUUGGGAAGGGGUUGAUUGGAAAUAUAUUUUUGAAGUUUUUUUUUAUUUUUGACGGGGUUUCUUGUGUGUUGUGGGUGGUUUAUUACUGUGUCGGAGUGUCUAUGUACAGCGAAUGCAAUAGAGAUGCCAACGUCGGCAAUCGUAGAACAGUACCAUCGUAACCUGAUCGCCCAAAGCAGUACGGAAUUUAACGAUGCAUGAUCA